CGAGCAUGGUUUGAAGGUUGUAUAUAUGCCAAAAUUACUAUGGCAAACAACAGAGUCAUUCAAUGGAACACUUUUUCUAGGAUUUGGUGGUUGUAUGAUGCUAAUCACCAGUGUGUGUUCAAGUCGGCAAGAAAAAUUGCAAAAUACCUCCAAGGUCAUCAUAAGCCUAUCUACCAUCCUCAUAGUGAUGUUGGUGACCAUGUUGUUGUGAUCAACACCAAACAUAUUGCAAUGAGACAUGAAGCAUGGAGAACAUACAGAUUCCACCAUCACACAGGCUAUCCCAAGGGACAUUCUAUGACAGCUGCCUGGAGACUUCAUGACCUGGACCCGACACGGAUUUUACAAUUGACAGUGAAAAGCAGUUUACCGUCAAAUCUCCUUCGACCAAACCUUCUAAGGAGGCUCCACCUUUUUCCAGAGGAGGAUGUACCAGAGGACAUUUUAGCCAAUGUGUGUGACCAGAUCAAACAAGUACAAGUGGUACCAAAGAGUCUUGACCAAUACACUGAAGAGGAAAUCAAGAACUUCCCCAAACUUUUUGACUG